AUACCAUUGGAAUUAGCAUUAGCAACAAAGUGUAUCAAAUGUAAUGAAAUGUUUUUAAUUGCUUCAGGGUGGAUUUUAAGAUGGAAGGGAAGCUUUCGGAUGAAAAGGUCAAAUGUUUGCUUGCCCCGUGGAGAUUUUCCCUCAGGGGACCUGGAUUUGAAAGCAGGCUGGUGGCGGCUCUACAACUAUUUGAGCAUUUUCCAUUAGAUAUAGCUGUGACUGGAGGGACCCAGGCGGCUAACGCUCAGCUGGCUUCAAUAAUCAGUGGUUCAGAUGAGGAAAUAGAAGAGGAGGUAUGGGAAACUGAAGAUGAAGAUGAUGACGAGGAAGAAGAAACUGAUGAGGAUGAAGAAGAAUGGGAAGAAGAGGAAAGUGCAGAUGAGGAACCUAGCAUAAAGCUGAAUGCUAAUCAUCAGAGCAGUAAGAUUAAACGUGUACGGAUAUCUGAGAAUACACAAUACAUAGGCAGUGGCAUUUCUGAUUUUGUACACUGUCAAUUCCCAAAUGUUCGCCUUUGGACAGUGCAGGGCCAUCCGACUUCAAAUUCCAUCAUAAAGCAGAGCAACCAACAGUAUGAAUCCACACACUAUGACGUCCUGUUGAUUCUCACUUCAGAACAGCACAAGGACGACCACAUGUGGAUCAAAAUGGAACUGCACGACAGAGAUCAGCCUUUUUUUCUGGUUCAAGCUGAGCAGGACUGGGACGUGCUGGAGGAGAAGCCAUCAGGGCCUUGCAUGACCUGUGCCUGGGAACGAAUGAGAGCUCGAAAGCUGGAGUUGCAGAAGAGAAGUGAAAAAGCAUUUGGAGAAACGAGCAGUUCAACAGAUAGUCCUGCAAACACUCCACAGGAUUCAGAGUUAGUGAAGAUGAAGGAUAUCACCAAGGUGCUCGCUGAAGCCCUGCCGGAGCUGCGGAUUAAGGCUUUCAGUCAGUUUCUAGUGGCCAUUACAAAGGAACUUAAGAUUCCUAAAUUACUGACUGACGAUUCACAGUUCGUUGUCUCCACUGCUUUAAGGUCCAUGAAGAUAAACCAAGAUGACCUUGACCAGAUCUCCAAGCUAUCCCAGACGAGAGAUUUCACGGACAAUCCCUCCAAACUCCAGGCGAUCCUUGGAGCUCUGGAUCACUUCCGCUUGGAUGUCGGUGUGCUGGGUGAGACGGGCUGUGGCAGCUCCAGCCUGAUCAAUGCACUCCUGGGCUUGAAGAACAGUAAUGAAACCGCUGCUUUAACUGGUGUCACUGAAACCACUAAAGAGGCUGUGGAGUAUGCCCUCCCUGAUUCCCACAACAUCCGUUUUUGGGACCUUCCUGGACUUGGAAAAAUAGGUGAUCUUAGCAGCCUGUCAGCCAAUGCAUUCAGUUCUUCUGAGGGCCAACAGGUGGCAUCUGUGCUUGCUUUGUGUGAUGUAUACAUACUGGUGUCUCCUUUAAGGGUUAGAUUGAGAACCAUACAACUUCUGCAGCAAGCGUCCUCCAUGGGCAAAGAGUGCUACCUAGUGAUUUCCAUGGUGGACUUGAUUGAAGAUAAGGCUGUCGAGGAGGUGAGACAAUGGACUGAGAAAGUCUUGAGUAAAUUGGAUAUUCAGCAGAGCUUGUUUCUGGUAUCUGCGAACUAUCCAGAAACCCUAGAUUUAGCCAAGCUAAAGGGGAUGUUAAAAGCAGCCAUCCCAAGCCAUAAGAAAGUUGCUCUAGCCAGAUAUGUUUCAAAGCAACUGGAUGAAGAUGUUUUCUGGAAAAGAUCAGAUUCUUGCAAAUUUAUGUAAUUGAUUCCUUUUUAUGCUUCCUUAAAGAACAUUUUUACACAUUUUAGCAUGCUUUAUCAAGUAGUUUUUUGAAUUUUUGUUUGGCAAGUCAUCAUUUCCCAAAAGUAUUUCGAAAUCCUUUAUGAUAUCCUACACAAAAAAGGUUCUUCAGCAGUUCUUUGUGGUAAUUGAAGUGAUAUUUAGCACUACCAAGUGGUUCUUUGGCUCAUUAUAUUACACUACAUGACAAAAGUCUUGUCAUCGAUGCUGAUUGUAAGAACAACAAAUAAUAACUUGAGUUCUAGUUGAUCAUUUGGAAAUGUGGCAGAAGAUAGAAUUUAAGGGUGGUUAAGAUUCUACAUAUCAUCAUCUUAAAAGAUAUAGGUGAUAUGUAGCGCUUAAGGUGGCUCCUUUAUGAUGGCAAGCCAGCAACUUUUAAUACUGUUUAGCACCAUUUUUGUGUAAGCUGGUGCAACAUAUGCAAAAGAAAAAAAAAAACAUUAUUAAUAUUAUUAUAAUUUAUUUUUGACAAAAUACUAAAACCAGCAU